AGGGGCGAAUCCUGGACGCCCAAAGCUAUUUUGUCUCCUGCCCUGCCCUCCCGUCUCUCUUCCUUCUUCUCCCCUCUCUCUCUAUUUCUCCCUCGCUCGGCGUAGGCCGUUGAAACCGUCGCUGCCGGAGCCGAGACCGAGUCGAUCCGAUCGCCCCCUUCCUCAUCUCUUGUCGUCCACAUUGGGCGGGCUACCCCGAGCCGGCCCCAUGGACGCCAACUACUCUAGCCACAGUGGUUUCAAGCAUCACCACAUCGUGGGGAGCGCCUCGUACCAGGAUCCCCAGGUCAUGGAGGUGUCGUCGUCGUCCGGAUGGAACUCGGCCCAGCAGAAGUGCAAGCGGUGCCAGGUUGUUCCUCCUGAGGUCAUUCAAAUUGGUGGAGAUGAUGAUCCAGAUUCAAUUAUGAUCAUUAGCGAAAGUACUGAUUACAAGAAUAAGCAAACUGUUGAAUAUGAUACGGAUAGGGAAAAGGAAGUAAAGGUUGUUUAUUCCAGUGAUCUUAUAGGUUCUAGUUCAAAUAGUUCAAAUCUUGGUGUGCAAAAUGAUGUUCUCAUGAAUACUGUGGAAUGCCCUGAUCUUGAAUUCGAAGAUUUUACCUAUUUGGAUGAAGUGGAGGAAUAUGACUAUGAUGAAGAUGACGGAGACUAUGAAUAUGAUGCUGAGUUGAUUGAUCUUGAUUAUAGCUAUAGGUUGGCUGCUAAAUUUGAUGAUUUGGAUCUACCUCCAGGAGUGGAGGCUUCUGUACCAUGGCUACAGAAGUCUGAAUCUGAAAUGCCAAUUGAUUUCAAGUCAAGGAUACAGAUUGAAGAUGAAAUCGAGGCCAAAUUUAAAUCAUUCAAGCAAUUCGAUGCUGUUGAGGAUUUCUCAGACCAUUAUUAUGCCAACUCAUCUGCAUCAAACAAGCCAUCAAAAGAUUGGAUGAAGAGGAUUCAGCAUGAGUGGGAGGUCCUGGGGAAAGAUUUACCAGAAACAAUAUUUGUUAGAGUCUAUGAAUACAGGAUGGAUCUGCUUAGGGCUGUUGUGAUAGGACCACCUGGAACUCCUUACCAUGAUGGGCUCUUCUUUUUUGACAUCCAGUUUCCUUCUAACUAUCCACAAUCACCUCCGUUCGUACAUUACCACUCAGGUGGACUCCGGCUUAAUCCAAAUUUGUAUGCUUGUGGGAAGGUCUGCCUUAGCCUUCUAAACACCUGGAUAGGCAGCGGUUGUGAAACGUGGAACCCAUCAAAUUCGACAAUGCUGCAGGUCUUGGUCUCAAUUCAAGCUUUGGUUCUGAAUUCAAAGCCAUACUUCAACGAGCCAGGAUACUCGGAAACUGCUAACACACCCCAGGGGGAGAGGAAUUCCUUGGCUUACAAUGAGGAGGCCUUCUUGUUGUCCUGCAAGACAAUGUUGUACUCUCUUGGGAGGCCUUUAAAGCAUUUUGAGGACUUCAUUGCUGGCCAUUUCCGCAAGCAGGGACGUGUUAUCCUUCUGGCAUGCAGAGCUUACAUGGGUGGUGCUAAAGUUGGGUCCGUCAUCAAGGAUGAGGUGCAUGAUGUUAGUGGGGGUGAUAAGACUGCCGUAACAGAAUUCAAGGCCGGACUAAAGAAACUUUUUGAUGAUCUUCUGAUGCAGUUCACUGUCAAAGGAGCUGAUUGUGAUGAAUUUCUUGCUCAGAAAGUCAAAGAUGGAGCAGCUGCUGCCGCUAAAGCCUGUCAUACUACACUGAGGCUUUGAGUUCCAGUACUGAGGAAGCAAUUUUGCCUAGGCAGACAUAAUAGUUUACAUCUUUAUCCCAUAUAGAUUCAGAUUGUCAGUGGUAACCAUGUGGAAAUUAGAUGCCCCUAGGCUGAGGCUUUGAUGCUUAUGGAGGAAGCUCAGGAGCUAAUCAUAAUUCCUAACUAUUGAUGGUUUAAUUUUUUUUUAUCCCUAACUUAUGCAUCUUGUAAAUAGGCAUUUAGAUGCCCCUAGGCUGAGGCUUUGAUGCUUAUGGAGGAAGCUCAGGAGCUAAUCAUAAUUCCUCCUAUUGAUGGUUUAAUUUUUUUUUUUCACCCUUUAAUUGAAAGUUUAGUUGUUGAUAUCUGAAGCCGAGGAAAUAAAUUUGCAUGGAGUCAUGUUGUUUAAGA